AUGAAGAAGGACGCGGACUUAAUCACUAAGAACUGCACGUGGUGUUCCUUGUACGCGGCCAAGCCGGAGUGUCUGAUAGUGGUCACCAGCGAUCAAGGAACGGAUUGGCGGCAGGUCUAUAUUGAUUAUCUCCGAGAGGGAUCCCUACCUAUUGAGCGGACUGAGUCGGCAACGGUGGUCCGCGGGGCGCGACGGGUAUUUUUGGCCAACCAUGGAGGGCGACUCGAAGCGACAUGUGCAAAGGUGUCAGCCGUGUCAGAAGUUUGGCAACUUGGUUCAUGCCCUUUUCGUGGAACUGCACUUAAUUCGUGCCCCUUAUCCCUUUCACACGUGGGCCAUGGAUUUGGUCGCCCAAUCAGACCGACCUCGCGGAAGAAUAGUUGGAUCCUGGCAGCGACCGAGGUUUGUACCAAGUGGGUUGAGGCUACUCCAUUGAAGAGGGUCACGGGGGAAGCAAUGGCGGCAUUCAUCAAGGAAAGAGUCAUUUGCAGGUUCGGCGUACCCAAGGUGAUCCUCUCUGACAACGGAACUCCAUUCAUUAAUCACCAUGUGGGAAGCCUCCUUGAUGAAUACAUGAUUGACCACUGUACCUCCAGCACAUACUACGCGCAGGGGCAACGGACAGGCGGAGGCGACAAACAAGACUCUGAUAAGGACCCUGAGAAAUCCACCAGCGCUAGCCCCUUCAGUCUGGUAUAUGGGGCGGAGACGGUUUUGCCUGUAGAACUAAGCGUCCCUUUCGCACGGAUGAUCCUUGCAAUGGAGAAUUCCAUGGAGGGAAGAAGAGCGGACUUGGAGGCCCUGGAAGAAAGGUGGGUCGCCGCAGCCCUCGCUCACGGAAAGUAUUGGGAGUCUGUCGCCUGCUACUAUAACAAAGGCGGGGUGCUGCGAGUAUUCAAGGUUGGGGACUUGGUCUGGAAAGCGACCACGGGGGUAAUGAGAGACUUGAAGACCCCGAAGUUCACGCCCAGAUGGGAGGGGCCCUACGAAGUAGUCAAAGAUUCCAUGAGCGGAUACUACCACCUGGCCCGCAUAGAAGACGGAUUCCGCACGGGGGCCAUCAACUCGAGAUACAUCAAAAGAUUUUACCCGUAG